UUCAUGUCUCCUCAAACAGCCGUCAGUGAACAAGUCAGGUGUAGUCGAAGGGAACGCCAACUUUUCCACAUCUCUACGACGUAAACCUGUUAAACUCUUAUUGUGCUCCUCUCCUUUUAAUAAAUCGAACAAAUUAGGCAAACUUUGCCCCCUGCCGCUCGACAAAACGCAGGAAAAACGCGCAACUAGCAUUGCUACACGCGAAAUAAGCUAGGAAUUUUUGGGAGGUUGCAUUUUGGAUGAGCAUCUUCAAUUCCUUUUUGCAACGAAAUGGACCACAGCGGCAAGGACAACUCCAGCUCAGACGAUGACGUUCCCCUCUCAAAAAUGGCGGCGAGGCGACACAAAAAGGAGAAGUACACUGAGGAUGCCCACAGCUCCAACGCUGAGGACAAAAGUGAUGAUGAGCCUCUGAUUAAGCAAAAGACAAAGAAGGAAAGCAGAUCUCCAUUUCGUGGCAAAAAAUCUAGAAAUGCAGAGGACGACAGCUCUGACAAUGGUCCCUUGGUGAAAGCCAAAACGCCAAUCAAAGCUAGCAAAAAAAUCAAAACGCCAACGAGGAAGCCUGCUACGCCAAAGAAGAAGAAAGAAACUCCAAAUGAGGACCUAAGUUCGGAUGAUGAGCCUCUGAGCGUAAUCGCCCAAAAAGUGAAGCCUCAGCAAAGGGGCACUCCUACAAGAACCAAUGAGACCACAUCCAAAAGGAAUGCGGCAAAGAAAAGAGUCAAAUUCACAGAAUCUUCCAACGAGAGCUCAGACGACGACACGCUCGCAACCCUCGCAAGAAAGAAGGCGAUCUGCACUCGGCAGAAAACGCCAGCAAAAAACACCAGGAAAGGCAGAGCGGCGCGCGCAAUCAAAGCGGACCGUGACGACGGCUCCGACAACAACGGCAAUGAUGACGAUGACGACAAUGAUGAUGUACCUUUGGUGAACUUCAUUGCCAAGCGGAAGCCGGCGGAGGAAAAGAAAAAGCCAGUGAAAAAGAGUGGCGCGUCACAAGGCAGCGCUUCUAAAAAAAGGCGAGGUCAAUCGGACGAGAGCUCGGAUGAUGAGCCUCUUAUUAAUCUAGUGAAAAAAUCCCAAGCGGAGAAAAAGUCCAAGGUGAAAAAACAAGCCUCGGCUCCCAAAAAGAGGGCUGCAACUCCUCGAGCCUCGAAAAAGUCCUUGCCAGGUGUCAGCUCAGAUGACGAACCAUUAAUGGAAGCUGUGAAACACCCUCAAGUGACCAAAACUAUCCGCAUCAAGCUGGAGAGGUGUGAAAUUAAGGAAGCUGCCACAACAGCAAGCCAAGCGGAAUGGCGGCUGUCCGAGGAGGUCAAGGAGAAACUAGAAGAGAGUUCGGAGUAAUCGUUGCCACAGCAAGAAACGUUCCAUGUUCAAACCACUUUGUUGAAAGAAUCUCUUAGGCGAGAGGCCUCCUAAACAGUGUUUAAUGUUUAGAAAAAAGAAGUUUUAUACGUGAUUCCUUUCAAGGAGUCGAUUUUGUUGACUCCCUUUAUUUUUCAUUUGGGACCAAACGCGUUUUAGUUUGGGUCCAAAUGUCAGUUUUGCUUUAUGUGCACAUGAGCAUGUUUCGUAAGUGUCAUUUUACAACUUGUGCCGAUACUGUUUUUCCAUGAGUGGGUUUUGUUUACAUGAUGUAAAUGUCGGAAAUUGCACACUAAUAUUAGCGUAAGCUUUUUCAUGUAUUCAAUGUAUGAUCAGCAUGUUUGAGUGAAAAAUUAAAUAAAGCAGUUUUGCUUUUUCUUUAAAAUAUUAUGAGCAAUCAUAAUGAUAAUAAUCAUGUUUAUUUAUAUAGACAUUAGCAGCUGAAUUACUCAAUGGCUGCCACUUGCAACGCUAGACUUCGUCCAUUUGGACUUCGAGGGCCGUCAAUGGCAUUGAAAUGAGUAUUCAUCAGUGGCGGAAUGUAACAAAGUAAAAGGACGAAGUACUACAUCGCUACAUUUUACAGCUGGUAUCUGCACCUUUACUCAACUACUUUUCAAAUUGCACCUGGGUCACACGUUACUUGUUUGUUUUCUGUUUUUCUCAUUGUAAAUUGGUAGUUUCGUUUUCAUGCCUCCGGCGCAAUCGAUAAGCCCUAUACCGUAACUGAGCACUAGAGGCAGCAACAUGAUUACAGGCAAGAUUAGGCAGGUGAACAAGAUAUUAAUGACCAAUAAAAAACACCACAUUCUUGUACGGUAGGAGGCAGUAUGCACCUUAUAGUUGCUUGCAAUCUGCCAUUAAGCUAAGUUUUUGGAGUUUUUGAGCUUGUUUAGCUUGUGUUUACAGUGCAGUCAAUUUCAUUGCUAGUUUUUUUCCCCCAUUCUACACGGUUCUAAAUAAAACUAAGCAGUCAAU